AUGACUCGGGAUCAGAUCCCCGAGCCCGAAACGCGAUCGUCCCUUCUCGCCGAGAUGGUGCGGCUGAAUCGGAUAUUGUUACAGAUCAACGAUUUCAAUAUGCGUGCUUCCACCGAGGAAUUGGAUCUGGACACCAUCUUGGGCCACGUGCAGGAUCUGUCCGAUCAGCUCGACGUGUGGCUCAGAGACUUACCGGACCACAUACGAGACACCCGGGCCAACAUGGAAAGAUACGCAGCUCAAGGAUUGGGUCGUGUCUUCGCAGCGAUCUAUUUAGGGUAUUACCACUACGGCCAGAUGCUCUUCUACCGAUUCCUCCACGAAGAUUCCCAAUCCUCCUCCACACGAACACGACAGUAUGCGGGUAAAUGCAAAGACCACGCCCGGGGUCUCUGCGACAUUGUUUACGCCUCUGAGGAAGUCCCAGGCUGCGACGUCAGGUACAACAUGGUGGGCCACGUCCUAGUCAUCGCAUCCACGGUACAAAUACAUAGCUUGUUGUUUGAAGCGGACGAGCAACAAGUGGCGCUGGCGAGAAGUCGCCUUGAAAAGAAUUACGUCUUCCUUAUCCGCCUGCGGAGCCUAUGGCCGACGCUGGAAUUUUGCAUGGAUAGACUCAUGGCGUUUCAUGAAGCCUGUAAGAACUCUGCCGAUACUACCUUCUAUAUGGAUCGGUGGAUGGUGCGCUUUUUGGUAGAGUUCGCGAGUCCGGUAGGUGAUCGGGAUUCUUGUGCAAAGGAUCGGAGCCCUUGGUCACUUGAGCUUCUCAUCCAUCCCAACGAAGUGACCCACGGCUCUUAG